UUCAAGUUUCGCGACGGCAAGAAGUCGAGAAGAUCGAUCGGUAGAUUGUGAACUAUGUUAACUUUUAUUGUGCUAGUGGGCACCCUUUUGGGGCUAGGUUGGUUCUAUUUGAAGCAUAUCUAUUCAUAUUGGGAACGUAUAGGCUUCCCUUAUGAUAAGAACAGUGCCAUACCAUUCGGUUGCCUAACUCCCGUAUGGGAUAUGAAGCAGAGCAUGGGAUUGGCCAUACAUGAAGUGUAUAAGAACAGCAAAGAGCGCUUUUUGGGCGUGUACCUGCUUUUCCGUCCAGCUGUUCUAGUGCGGGACGCUGAGCUAGCACGCCGUGUAAUGGCUCAAGAUUUCUCCAGUUUCCACGAUCGUGGAAUCUAUGUGGAUGAGGAGAAGAACCCAUUGUCGGGCUCAAUAUUUGCGUUACGUGGCCAAAAUUGGCGAUCAAUGCGUCACAAGUUGUCACCGUGUUUCACCUCGGGCAAGCUAAAGGCCAUGUUCCAUGUGUCCGAGGAUAUUGCCGACAAGAUGGUCUCCCAUCUGGAUACGUUGAUGCCCCAAGAAGGCUCCGUUGAGGUUGAUGUCAAGAGCGUUAUGCAAACCUAUGCCAUUGAUAUUAUUGGUUCGGUAAUCUUUGGUCUGGAUAUCAAUAGCUAUGAGCAUCCCGAUAAUAAAUUCAGGACAUUGGUUACCUUGGCGCGUAGCAACACUCGUUUCACUGCCCUCUUUGGCAUGAUGAUAUUCCUGGUGCCAUCCAUUGCCAAGUUUCUGUUCGCUCUUGGCUUCCAAAACAAGGUGGGUCAAGCCAUGAUGGAGAUUGUUAAGGAAACGAUUGAGAAUCGAGAGAAAAAAGGCAUUGUACGCAAGGACAUGCUGCAAUUGCUCAUGCAACUUAGGAACACAGGUCAAAUUGAAGAGGAUGAUGAGAAAAGCUUUAAUAUACAGACCACGGAAACAGGACAACUUCAAGCCCUUUCAUUGGAGACCAUUACAGCUCAGGCCUUUAUAUUUUAUAUAGCCGGCCAAGAGACUACCGGAUCUACAGUUGCCUUUACUCUGUUCGAGCUAGCACAAUAUCCGGAACUUCUGAAGCGUGUUCAAACUGAGGUGGACGAAACUCUUAAACAAAACGAUGGCAAAAUCACUUACGAUGCCUUGCAAAAAAUGGAAUUCCUUGAUCAUUGUGUACAAGAAAUCACGCGCUUAUAUCCUGGCUUGCCAUUGCUCAAUCGGGAAUGUACCCAAGAUUAUGCCAUACCCGAUACCAAUCAUGUCAUCCGUAAAGGAACACCCGUAGUAAUCUCAUUGUAUGGCAUUCACCAUGAUCCCGAAUAUUUCCCCAAUCCCGAGGUGUUUGAUCCCGAUCGCUUCUCAGAAGAGAAUCGCAAUUAUAAUCCCACAGCCUUUAUGCCCUUCGGCGAAGGACCAAGAAUCUGUAUUGCCCAGCGUAUGGGUCGUGUGAAUGCCAAAUUGGCCAUUGUCAAAGUACUACAACAUUUCAAUGUCGAGGUCAUGAGCAAGCGUAAGAUUGAAUUCGAGGCCAGUGGCAUAGCCCUUUUGCCCAAAAGUGGAGUCAAAGUGCGACUCUCUAAGCGUACUAAAAAUUGAUUUGGUGGUGAAAUAUAUACAAUUGUGAAAUUUCAAUGCAUUCAAUAAAUAUCGCGCAAAUCAUUUGAUUACGAUAAUAGUUAAGCCGUAGAGUAUUCUGAUAAGGUCCCCCCAAAUACAUAUGUAGAGUCAAUGGUGUUUUUUUUUUCCUAUUCAUUGCUUGCAAAUGUUGUAGUUUCUUUCGCAUUAGAUAUUAGACAUUAAUAUUUUAUAUAUGACUUAUAUACAAAAUAAGAUAACAAACUGAG